UGUAGUUUGUGCUGGGGGUCAGUUGGCAAAAUGGCUGUGUUAGGUUCGUUGGUGUCGGUUGGCAUCUCUUUGCUGUUCACACCGUUUCUCAUGUUCCUGCUUUCGAUUAUUUUUCUCGCCUCGAUGGGAAAAUCAUUGGGCGUGCGAAGACUCUACAUCAAGCUGUUAUUAGCGCUCUUUGAGUAUGGCCGGCAAAACAUCGAGCACGUGAAGAAGAGCAACGGCAAUUGGACGGUAGAAGGCGAAGAAAGCGAAGACGAAGGCGGAGGUAGGCUCGACCGCGAGCUCGACAAAGAGCGAGCAUCGGCCGAGCAAAAGCCACAGAACGGAGCGAUCGGCAACACGGUCAUCGCCAAAUCCAAGGAUCUCAUCCUCGUUCCCGAGCCGGAGAUGCACCACGAGGACGAGCAGGACAAGAAAGUCGAUUGUUUGCUCAGCACCGCUAAGGAGACGGACAUAUCGCGGAAGAAGUCCUUCGAGACGCUGAAACGUGAGUUCGAGCCAGCGAUCUGUUUGGAUUACAUAAGAGCUGGUAUCGAGGCAAUCAUCGAGGACGACGUCACUUCCAGGUUUGAAGCGGAGGAGCUCAAGAACUGGAAUUUGCUGACUCGAACAAACAGGCGUUACGAAUUCAUCUCGUGGAAGCUGACCGUCAUCUGGAUGUGCGGCUUCGUCAUGCGUUACUGUUUUCUCUUGCCAUUGAGAAUUCUGAUUUGCUUCGUUGGUGUAAUGUAUUUGGUAGCGUCGACCGCCGCAAUAGGUUUUUUACCGCCAGGCUGGCUGAAAGUUUGGGCCAACGAUAAGGCAACUCUAAUAUCCUUUCGGAUAAUGUCGCGAGCGCUAUCCAGUUUGAUCACCAUUCACAAUCCGGAGUACAUGCCAAAGCCUGGUGGACUCUGCGUGUCGAACCAUACAUCGACUAUCGACGUGAUGCUACUAUCUACCAUGACGACUUUCUCCCUGAUUGGCCAGCGCCACGGCGGCUUCCUAGGAAUUCUGCAACGAGCAUUAGCUCGCGCAUCUCCUCACAUUUGGUUCGAGCGCUCGGAAGUCAAGGACAGAGAGGCAGUAACGAAAAGGCUCAAGAUGCACAUUUCCGAUCCAACGAACCCUCCGAUCCUUAUUUUUCCCGAGGGUACCUGCAUCAACAACACCUCCGUGAUGCAGUUUAAGAAAGGUAGCUUUGAAGUCGGCGGUGUGAUUUAUCCAGUGGCCAUUAAGUACGAUCCACGCUUCGGCGAUGCAUUCUGGAAUAGCAGCAAGUACUCAAUGAUUCAGUACCUGUAUAUGAUGAUGUCGAGUUGGGCGAUAGUUUGCGACGUUUGGUACCUACCUCCGAUGUACAGAAGGGAAGACGAGAGUGCCAUUGAUUUUGCAAAUAGAGUCAAGUCGGUGAUUGCUAGACAAGGAGGACUCGUCGAUCUCCAGUGGGACGGUCAAUUAAAGAGGAUGAAACCCAAAAAGGAAUGGCGGGAAAAGCAGCAAGAAGAAUUUAGUAAAAGGUUGAAAGUCGAGUAAGCUAGCGAUAAAAGGUCGGCUACUUCGAUUUUCCCGAAGCUGGUUCUUCUAUUUGACUGCUUCUCAGUUGAUUGCUAUAAACAAUUUGAACUCUCAAUGGUGUAGACAGAAGACUGUAAAACUGUGAACAAAUGUUUGUGAAUGUAUUCAUCGAGAAUAGUGCGAUACGUUGAUUUAUUUAGUGCACCUACUUCUUAGCCGUUUGAGCGACUGUGUUUUUUAAGGAUAACAGAUAUUUUGAAAGGUUUUUUAAGCAUCUUUCAGAAUGUGAAAUGCUUGCAAAGUUUUGCUGGAUCGUUCGAUUCUUAUUAAACGACCUUCGCAAAGAUUUGACGAGCUAUCUGGCCGACUUAUUUUGUUUUCUUAAGAUUCCUUUGAAAACAAGUAUUAGCUAAUAAAAUGUUUUCCUAUUCAUUUAGCAUUGAUAAACUUUUGACGUACAUUUAUUUUAAAAAUCUUUCAAGGGUUUUCGAUGCUACUUUUGUUACCAAUAUAGCCAAAAAUAAUAUCACAUUGUACAGGUGUUUCACUUUUUAUAUCUAGAUACAAGUGAAACAGCUCUUUCGCGUAUCAAAAGAACUUUGCGUUUAAUUGAUAGGUCCGCUACAUUUUAAGAUUAGUCUGCAGUAAGUCUUGUUCUUUGUAAGAAAGUAUUGAAAAAACAAAACAAAAAACAGCAUGCAUGCAUACAAAACUACUGGUAUAUUUUUAAAAAUAUGAAAAUAAAAGCUACUACGAUAUAUUUUUAUAGUAGGUUUUAGUCCACUAGUGCUUGUGUCAAAUGAUACAUAGGAAUAAUAGCAUUUUGGCGUUGCUAUGUUUGCAAUGCGUAAAAUUUUUUGCUAGUCACGGUCUUUUUCAUUCACAUUCUCAAUUAUUCUUUGCAAUAAGUAUUUUAUUUACUUUUUAUAUCAAUGAAUGUAAAAAGGUGUAGGAAUAAUACUCAAUGAGUUGUAUAUUUUGGCUUAUUCAGACAUUUACUCAAGAGCAUUGCAAUAAGUGCUACAUGAUAGAGUAAUUGUAUACCACAAAGUUGUCUAGAAUUUUGAUCAUCACAAUCGUUUUAUAUUGAAUGGCGAGCAUAAUAAGAGAGACUAUUAAUUCUACCU